GUGAUGACAAAGGUUCAGAAGCACUCACGAAGUGUGUGCUGCUUCAGUUGCCUCACUUGUAGCUAAAGCUCAUUUUUGCUGCGAUAGGGUUUAAAAACCCGCACCUGAUUUUGUUAACAUCUGACUUCCCCCCCUAGUUGCACUGCCAGUGCGCCUCCUCCUCCCAACCCACCAAUGGGCAGCACCUAUUAUAAAAUUAUUAGCCUCUGUUGCAGCACUUCAUUCUCUCGUACCGGCAGUAGGCGGUAUAGCAAAAGAGACGGGAAAAAUGUGGAGUGAAUCCAGUCUCCUCCGGGGCUGGCGGACAAGACCGAGGAGGCAGCCCGUGUGAUGCCGCCGCUGCAACACCUCUGGAGACGAUGCAGGAGACGGGGCGCAGCAGGCACUAAAGAAGGAAGGCGGUGUAGCCUAUAGGAGGAGAAGACCAGACAGACUACUACAACACCGCCUGAUGGGGAACCGCUGACUGAGAGAGAGAGAGAGAGAGAGAGAGAGAGAGAGAGCAGAAACAGCCCAUGGUGGAGAAGCUAAGGAGAAGAAGGAGGGGAGACAACCGACAGGCACUGGCAUUAGGUGUUUGAACCCGUGAUCGUCCAGUUUCAACACCGCCGACGGAGACCCCCCCACCCCCAGCCUCCAGUCGCUGUUUGAGGAAAAAGCCGAAAAUAUAUACCUUGGUGGUGAUGGAUCUGCAUUCAGCUGUAAACAACAAAGUGAGCAGAAUAUCAGUCAUGGCAAGGCUCGUGCUUUCCCUCCUGCUCCUGUGUGGAUGCCACAAUAGUCUCUGCCUGUCCUCCUCAGAGGCUCAGAAGGAGACGGCCGCCAACGACAACAGCACAGUUUUCACCAGGAUCCUGGAUGGGCUCCUUGACGGUUAUGACAACAGGCUCCGGCCGGGGCUUGGAGAGAAUGUCACAGAGAUCAAGACGAAUAUUUUUGUCACCAGCUUUGGCCCGGUGUCUGACACAGAGAUGGAAUAUACCAUAGACGUGUUCUUCCGUCAGAGCUGGAAGGACGAGCGUCUGUGCUUCAAAGGGCCCAUGGAGAUGCUGCCUUUAAACAACCUGCUGGCCAGCAACAUCUGGACCCCUGAUACCUUCUUCCUUAAUGGCAAGAAGUCUAUUGCUCACAACAUGACCACGCCCAACAAGCUGCUGAGGCUGAAGGAUGACGGCACUUUGCUUUACACUAUGAGACUGACCAUAUCAGCAGAAUGCCCCAUGCAGCUGGAGGAUUUCCCCAUGGAUGCACACGCCUGCCCUCUCAAGUUUGGCAGCUAUGCCUAUCCGGUGUCAGAGGUGGUCUACACUUGGACUCAGGGAGCAGCUAAGUCUGUGGUGGUGGCAGAGGACGGCUCCAGACUCAACCAGUACCAUCUUAUUGGGCAAACUGCCGGAAAAGAGGACAUACACACAAGCAGAGGACAGUACACAGUGAUGAUGGCCCACUUCUACCUGAAGAGGAAGAUUGGAUAUUUUGUCAUUCAGACGUAUAUGCCCUGUUUCAUGACUGUAAUCCUGUCCCAGGUGUCAUUUUGGUUAAACAGAGAAUCAGUUCCUGCAAGGACUGUUUUUGGGGUGACCACUGUGCUGACCAUGACCACCCUCAGCAUCAGCGCCAGGAACUCGCUCCCUAAAGUGGCCUACGCUACAGCCAUGGAUUGGUUUAUUGCCGUCUGCUACGCUUUCGUCUUUUCUGCCCUCAUCGAGUUCGCCACAGUGAACUACUUCACCAAGAGGAGCUGGGCCUGGGAUGGCAAGAAGGCUCUGGAAGCACAGCACCCUAAGAAACGGGACCCCAUGGUGCUGUCAAAGAAGCCCAACAACGUUUCCUCGGUAGGAGUCAACUACACUCCCAACCUCACCAAGGACGUGUCCAUCUCCACGAUCUCCAACACGACGUCGGUGCAGCUCCGGCCCUCUGAGACCAAGAUGGUGGACCCUAAGAAAACCUACAACAGCGUCAGCAAGAUCGACAAGAUGUCGCGGAUAGUGUUUCCCGUCCUCUUUGGGACCUUCAACCUCGUCUACUGGGCCACAUACCUUAACAGAGAACCGGUGGUGAAAGGAGUGGUGACCUCAACGUAAUCUUUCUCUUUUUUUCCUGUUUUUACUGAGAUGGAGAGUUUGUGUAAGGGAGGAAGUUUGAGCCUAAUAUGAGAGUGGGUGGACUAAAAGGAAAGGGGUUGUUGUAAGGUGUCUGCCCUAGACAUAAAAAAUAAAAAACAAAUAUCUGCGCUUGAAGAACAAAAACAAACUAUACUCAACUAUCUAAUUCAAGCACUUUGAAUGGAUGCAAGGCUGCAACAGAAUCCCUUUCCUGUUUUUCAUGGCUGCUUGAUCACAAAGAAACUGCUUCUAAGACUACUGUAUGUUGACGAGAGAUCGGGUGCUUUGCUUUUUCUCAUCUAUCCUGCUGCAGUUUGCAUGAUGCUCUCCUCAAAAGGAAAUCAUGGACUCCUCUUUGUCUUGAAUACCGACCAUGUAUAUGUCAAUGACUGCUUAAAAUAUGGGAGCACACUUCAUCAAUACUAGUUGAGGAAGGGUUUUAAAUUAAACUAACGUAGGCAUUUUGAGCAAUUUUGACAAAAUUUAAAACGCUUCAUAUUCUUAUCAUGGAGGCUUGAAAUGCACUGAGCUUAUGUUAUGGGGGGAAAAAACCCUGCAAUAUAACAUGCAUUUGAAUGUGAAAAAUUACCUAAUUCCACACUUUGUGGAAGAAACAUCUCUUAAGAUUAAUGCUGCAAGUGCAUUAAUAAUUUAGUUUUAUGUCUCUUUAAAAAAAAAAAAAAAGUUGCCAUUUUUUCCCCUCUCAUUGCAGUGGGUGCUUGUGUGUCUCUUUGUACAUCUUUACUUGAAGAUUCAAGUAAAGAUGUACUGCUGCAGGCCUGGUUUCCCAAAAGCAUCGGCAGUCGGGAGUCUCAAUGGAAAAUGAUGAGGGGAAAAAAAAUUGAAUGCUACCUGGUGGUGACUAAAAGAUGUAUUCUGAAUAUUAUCAUUGCAGGGGUUUCUGAAUUUUUAAAUGAAGAAACACUUCUUCUUUAAUAAAAAAUUUAAAAGUUGUCAUUUAGGGCGUCUUGCCAACAAGAAUAUUAGAAAAACAUCUUUGGCCCACUUACACUGGGUGACUGGACAGCUGUGGAUGAUGUGUUCAGGACAAAUUUAGGAUUGGAUAUAUGUUCUUUAACUGAAUUUUUAGCCUGGGUCACUCAGCUAGGAAACUAAUAUUCACAGCUGAGAGACCAGUGCUCGAAACGCAGUGUGUCACAUACAAAUCAGCACAGUGAUGCUGAGAGUUUGGAGAUGACCAGGGGGAAAAACCCCUAUUUAGGCAAGCAUCAACACCACCAGCUGCAGGGGCCGCUUUCACAAAGACAGACUAUGACUAUGGCUUCAGAAAGACGUCUAAAUUAAAGUCUUUACUAACUUAAGUAGGACUGAUUUGCCAUUUGUCUUUAUUUUUGUGAAACUGUCUAAUUUGCAUUAGACUAAUCUAAGAGCAAAAUUAAGAGUAAGCCUAACAGAGCAGUCUAAAAUAUCUUUGUGAAAUCAGCCCCAGGUCUGCUGAUCCUGACCUCUGACCUCCCUAUGUGGGGAAAUAGAAAGAAAAGAGAACAGCAGUCAGUGAAGUAUCAUUAUUACAUUAUUUUUGUGCAUUCUGGUAUAACUGUAUCAGAUAAAUUGCUCAUUUAUAAUAGACAAAAAAUUCCCCAAGAGGUGAACAAACGCCAGCAAACUUACUGUAAAGGCCUGCUCUCAGCAGAAAGUGGCACAGUGAAAUGAUGUGGCUCUGGAGACUUGGUGACUUACAGGUCUGGUUGGUGAACUACUGGAGCUGGAGAGCUAACUGCUCACAUGCUAGCACUUGUCAGUCACAAUAGCUGAGCUUCUCCUAUUUUCUCUGUACUGUGCCGUUUACAUUUUGUUCUCCCGAUUGAGUUUUAUUGAAGAGGGGGGGGGGAAGCUCUCCUAACUUGCUAGUUGUCAGUUAGCAAGCUUGUUAGCUCGGUUGCUAACGGCCAAUAAGUUCACACAUUUUAAUCAAAAGACAUAUUUGUACCAUUGACUCCUGUAUCAUAACAGUCUGCAGGCCAUGUCGCUUUUAUGGAGCAGUGCAUACUCCAACAGAAAAGGUUAAAUAAAAGUAACACACGUUAUGAUAGUAUCCUCCAUUUUGGACUCUCCAGCUCUCUGUCCUCUCAAAGGUCAGCAUAGUCAGUGGACAAAUUUGUGGAACUUGACGUAAAAGAUUAGCACUGAUUUACUUCACCCCCGAAAGUAAAUCCCCUUUCAGCGGAAUGAAAUGAUUUCGCUGCAGAUGUUUAAAUGAUGGUGUGACCAGGCCUUUAAGCUGCAAAGAUUUUGGGAAGUUAGGCCCAGUCUCAUAAGGGAAUCAUGUAAAUAAACUUUCAGUUUUCAACUUGAAACAGAAAAGACAAUGUUGAGAUUUUCACGUUUGAGUCUUAAGCCCAUAGAAGAAAAAAAUGCCAAAGUCUAAUGUUGACUUUCAAUUUAUUAAGAGUAUGUUUUUGUCUGAUAACUUUUUCUUAAGGUUUGUGUGUACAUGGGUAAGAUUAUUUUCCUCUUGUUGCUUGUAGAAGAGCUUACAUCUUUGAACUGAAUCAGAUUUUUAUUUAUUCAUUUCUACACUGACAUAAUUAAACUGGAAGCAAUGAGCACACGUUGUGGCAUUUUGGCUCGAGCGCACCAUAGCACAGCGUGUUGGACUGUGGUGAGACUUACUCAGGAACAAAAGGACUCCUGCUCCCAGCAGAAGAGUUGCCUCAGAGUCACUGUGUCUUCAAUUUCAUGGACUUUAAACAGUGUAGUUCACUCUGUCACCUGCUGCUGGGAGCAUUGUCCCUGAUAACUUAUUGCCGCUGACUAGAUGUUGAUACAAUGGCUUGGUGAAAAACCAUAUAAAUAAAGAUGACAUCAGCUGCUACUGUACCUGCUUUGCUUUGUGAAAUUGGGACCUACAGUAAAUAUCUUCAUGAUAUCAGCUUAAAAUUCUUUCCAAAGCACUUUUAUUUCGACUUUUUGUGCCAUGAUAUCCUAUAGUGUUUUUGUGCUGGUUUGGGUUGAUGUUGAAUCUGCAUUUUAUGUAAAUCUAACGUGUUGCUAUCUGUGAAAUGCUCGGUGGGUGUCUAUCAGCAAAGCUAAGACUGUGUUUCAGUGCUUGUUAAAGCACAGCAGCGGUGUAAAAGGAAGUCCAAUGAAAUGCAGCUGAAAUGCGAUCUAUACAUCUGUCAGUCGGGGGUCGCCAUGGCAGCAAGACCAGAUGAACAGACCAGACAUCCCUUUCCCCGGUAACAACCUCUAACCUCUGUAUCUGUUCCUCCACUCCAUGUUUGUUUCUGCUGCUUUUACAGAUUAUCAAGAAACAUAUGUGAGAGCACAUCUUCCUUUUGUUUCUAAUUACGCCUGCAGUAGCUGGGUCCUUCACAAAGUUCGGGAUCAUUUGUUUGUUCUGAACUGCUUCAGUGCUGCUUUAUUUGAGCUGGUCAAGCCUUAUUUUGAGUUAUGUUACCAAAGGAAAUGAAACUGUAAUAAGCAUUUUGGUCCCUAAUCAUGUAAGUGUAUUUAGCCUCCAUUAUUCUCUCUAUGGAGGGCAAUGUCAGUCUGCCAGUCGGUAAAUUCAAGACUCAUGUAAAUCCAAAUACACAUAACCUCAUAACAUCUCAUAAUUGUUAUUGCCCCCACAUGUAGAGAGACAUGCAGACUGAGGCUACUGUGUGUAAAACAUUGCCCCCCCACCCAUGAACAGUGCUGAAAAAACUGACCCAUUGACUACAUCUUUCUUGAGCGCCCCUAUCUAUCCACCCACCCAUCCGUCCAUCCAUCCAUGUAACCAUCCCUCUCUUCUCUUUUGCCCCUCCCUCCUUCCUUCAGCCACUGUGACAGACUCAUCUGCCAUACAUCUGUUAGAAAAGGGAUUUAGUUCCGCUUAAGUUACUUUCACCCAUUCAGGGGGGCCCCUUACAGCAAAGCGCUUCACUCCAAUUUAAGCCCCGACUGGCCCAGCCGAUGACAAAUGCUUGUUUUUCUGUCUGCAGUGUCUGGACAGCUGUGGCUGGUGCGUGUUAGGGACAAAUUUAGGAUUGAUUAUAUGUACUUUAUCCAAAGCUAGCUCACGGGCUGUGAAGCAGACUGAAGUUUUGAACUUGGGUCUCUCAACUGGGGAAUGUAAUGCACAUGCAGCAGUCAGCUUAAGGAGACUUACGAGACACGAUAGCAACAGUUGUUAAUCCCAGGAAGGCUAUAGACAGCCACGACACAUGCAUGACGUUUCUCUUGUUUUUGAGCCUCAAUAAAGAACUUUAAUUUUUUUUUUUUUUUGGAGGAAACAUUAAACUGAGACCUUUGCCUAAAUUUUGCAAAAAUGCAGCAAAGCCAUUGUAGCUAUAGCUGGGCUUAAAGUAUUUGUGUUAUUCAUUCUUUGUUUUAUGUACUGUAUUUGUUUUAUGUAUUAUACUUCAAAUGAUCAAAUAAAAAGGAUGAACAAA